AUGGCUCCACAAUAUCUCAGGAUGAUCGAUACCAUACUGACCGUCCCGGGUACCACCCUGGAAGCCGAGCAUCAACGCCGGAUUGAUGCGAUUGAUGCUAUGAUGGCCUUCUGGCCGGUGGAGGAGGGGCGGCCUACUCCGCGAACUCAGCCUUGCCGUCGACCUGUGCCCGAGGCCGACAAUUCGCCCCGCCCGGCCAAGCGACAGCGGGACUUGGUGGAAGACGAGGCCGAGAUUGCUCUGCGGGAAGCGGUGGAAUCCGUACAGGUCACGUGUCCCAAACAACGAUCCCUGAUAUGCUUUGUCUGUUUAGGAUAUCCCAAUCUUUCGUUCCCCAACCGGCUCUCCAAGUAUAAAACGCCGGGAUCUCUCACCCGGCAUUUCCUUCGGUUCCACAUCAACCCCCCGUGGCCGGAUGAAAGGUUUGGGUGUAGUAUGUGCGAAGGAGAACCACUUCGACAUAAAUUUGAUCUUUUGAGCCACGCAGAGAGGCGCCACGGAACAGUGGUGAAGGGCGAAACUCAGAGCCAGCUAGCAUUGGAAUACCAACGGAUUCAUCAGGGGUGGGUGUCAUGA